AAACGAUUUAAACAAUGAAUGCACAGAAAAAAAAUUAAUAGAACUCAACUAAAAUAUUAAAAUAUUGACAGAAUGUUAUUUGUAUGGAUAAAAUGAACGAAUUACUUACAAGAUUACACUGAUUUCUACAAACAAAUAUGGUCUCAUGCGUGUAAAAAAAAAUUCAAAAUUAAUCAUUUACAAUUUAUUUCCGUGUCAUGUUGUUAUCCAACAACUGUGUGUGUCAUGUAAUAAUCAUUUGAAGAACAAAUUCUUGAUGAAUUAACUUUAUUUGGAAGAAAUCCAUUUCCAACUUUUCACUGAUAACAAACACAAUGAAUGAUAAAUCGUCAUUCAAAAGUUAGAAAUCUUAUAAUAUACAACUGAUAUGUACAUAUAAAGCAAAGUCAAAAUGUCUAUACAACAAGAAAGUAUAAAAUUAUCUGAACAAACCUCAGAUAGAUUAUUACUACCAAUUAGUAAAGAUAAAAAUAACUGCAGAAGAAAGAAACUCAAUCACAAUCAUAAAUUACGUUUUCGUUAUUAUUCUGUUGGAUUGUUAAGUAGUUUACAAUUAUUUCAUGAACAACAUACCAAUCCAAAUGUUAUGCAUACAACUACUCAUAAACCAUGUGCAAUAAUGAAACAGCAGUCAAAACCAUCAAAUAUACGUCGAUAUACUAUUAAUUUACCAGAGGAGGAUAAGAAUGUAUUAACUUAUCAAUCAGCAGUGAAUGAAACUGUAUCAUACAUGGAUAUUGGUGGGGAUAAUUCGAUUCUUAAUGAAAUUGAAGAACCAUUAUCAUUGGAUGCUAAAAGUACAUUUCAUCAUCAUCAUCAUCAAAGUAUCAUUAAUAGUAAUAAUCAUAAUACUAAUAGUAGUAAUACUACUAAUAAUAACAUUAUUAAUAAUCAAAGUAGUUAUCGUGAAAGAGGUUGGUCUUUGUAUAAUUUAAAAGAACAAUUCAUUUCAUUCUUUCAACCAUCCGAUAAUAAAUUAGCACUUAAAUUGUUUGGUAAUAAAGUUGCAUUAGCAUGUGAAAAACGAAGGCAACGUGAACAAGGCAAAUGGAUUAUACAUCCAUGUAGUAAUUUUAGGUAA